AUGGCGGGGGACCUGCCCAUGGAGCUCGCCCUGCCCACGGCGUUCACCGUCGUGGUGUACCUCAUGGCCGCGCUCAACCCUCCCCCCGCCGCGUUCGCGCUCACGCUGGCCGUGAUACUGGGCUACGUGCUCGUCGUCAAGGGCCUGGGACUCGCCGUGGGCGCCGUCAUGAUGGACGCCAAGCGCGCGUCCAUGCUGGUGAUGGUGGUCAUGCUGGCGUACCUCCUCACCGGCGGGUUCUACGUCCACAACGUGCCGGGGUUCAUGGUGUGGGCCAAGCACACGUCCUUCACCUACUACUGCUACCGCCUGCUCAUCGCCGUGCAGUACGGCGGGCACCUCAAGCGCCUGCUCCUGCCCGAGGCGGUCGACGGCGAGGCCGGGCCGGGCGCAUGCGUCGCCACGCUCGUCGCUAUGUUCUUCGGCUAUCGGCUGCUGGCGUACCUCGCGCUGUGCCGCGUCAGGAAGUGA